CAGUUGCUCUAGGUCGUAAUCAACCCUUGAAAAAAGAGAAGCCAAAAUGGAAGAGUGAUUACCCCAUGACGGACGGACAGCUACGCAGCAAGAGGGACGAGUUUUGGGACACGGCGCCAGCUUUUGAAGGCCGCAAAGAGAUUUGGGAUGCCCUCAAGGCUGCCGCGCACGCGUUCGAGAGCAACGAUCACGAACUGGCACAGGCCAUCAUUGACGGUGCAAACAUAACACUACCGCAUGGUGCUCUUACAGAGUGUUACGAUGAACUGGGCAACAGGUACCAGCUCCCGGUCUACUGCCUUGCCCCACCUAUCAACAUGAUAGAGGAGAAGGGCGACCUGGAGACUCUCGAUAUCCCCGACCCGCCGCCCAAUUCGGGGCACGAAUGCCAGCUCCGUUUGCGCCUGUCCACAGGCAAAGACCUCAAACUCAUGGUCCGCAGCAUGGACACGGUGUAUCACAUGAAGAGGCGGCUGCACGCGGUGGAGGGAGUGGACCCGGGCAGCCAGCGCUGGUUCUUCUCGGGCAGGCCGCUCGCAGACAAAAUGAAACUAGAGGAGCUGAAAAUCCCAAAGGACUACGUGGUGCAAGUCAUCGUGAGCCAACCCUUAGCAAAUCCAACCCCAGUGGAAAACUGAUUCCUCCUUGUUUAUUGAUUCUUCUUCCCUCCGUCUCUUAUUGUGGGAUUUAUUUU